GGCUGAGGUUGCAAGAAUGAGCCGCGCGCCUGGGGCUGAGGUUGCAAGAAUGGCUUGGGCCGGCUCUGUGUGAAGCCCGCUUGACGGGAAGGCAAGGCGCUAACUCCUCCACAUCCCUCCAUUUGCAGAGUCUGCUUGUCCUUUGAGCCCUGAUCCUGAGAGGAGACGGAGAGCUUGAGCAGCUUAGUGAUAUAGAAGACAAAUAUUCAGUGUAUGCAAAAAUGAAAAGAAAAGUGGCAAAAGGUGGGAGACUGAGGCUUAGUCCUAACGAAGAAGCUUUACUUUUGAAAGAAGAAUAUGAAAGACGACGAAGAUUAAGGUUGCAACAGGUGAGAGAGCAGGAGAGGCACAUUGCAUUGCAGAUAAGACAAGAAGUGAAACAGAGGAGAGAUGAGCAGCUACAUCAGUUGGCAGAGGAACUCAAAGCAGAGUGGUGGAAAGCACAAAAUCAGAAGAUUAAAGCCUUGGAAAAACUGUAUCUAUCAAGUUUAAGGGCUGUGGGAGAAGGACAUAGACAGGCAAAGGAAAACGAACCUGAUUUGGUGGCUCUGGCAAAGCAAGCAGAGGAAAGGAAACAAAGAGCAGAGAAGAGACAUAAAGAAGCCCUGAAACAACAGAAAACUCAAAAAGAAAAAUUGUUGAAAGAGCAAACAUGGCGAACAAAUGCACGUAAGCAUGCAUUGUACAUGGAAAAAGAGAGAGCUGCCAAAAUUGCAAGCCUACCACCACCUCCACCUCAUCCUUUUGAGGACUUUGAAGUGAAAAGAAUGCCUACAGUAAAAGUCUAUAAUGCUGACAGUUUUUCUGUUACUCAUCACCAUCUUUUUGAACCUUAUGUGGAUAGAGAAAUGGACACAACACAGCCAGAUGCUCGAUUAGUAGCUGAAGAGAAAGCAAAGUGGUUGGAUGAGCUACAAAAAGAGGAAGAGCGAGAGAGGCGAGAACAACUUGAAAAAGCACAUCUGAGAGGAAGUCAUGCCUUGAAGAUGGUCCAUUUGGUACAAGAGCGAGAAACAUUAAUGAAAGAACUUGAACAGAGGCAGAAUAUGGACCUGGCACGCAGAAGACAUAUUGUGGCAAAGAUGCCACCACAGCUGUUUGAACCUGCAUACAGACGCAUGGAAAUUAAAGAAGACUGGCAGAGGGAGCUGGAGUUUGCCUUUGAAGAUAUGUAUACUGGAGACAGGAAAAUGAAAGGGGACAUGAUUUUGCACCUAGAGCCACAGCCUUUGCCAAUUCCCUCUGAUCGGUCUCAAGAUGAGGACCUGAAUAUCUCACUGGAGCCAGAUUCUGCAUGUGAGACUCAAUCAAAAUUGGAUGAGGUAGCGGAAAAGGAAGACCAGCACUUUAGUGAAUCGGAGAAUCAUGAAGUAGGAAUGGUGUCUCAAACACAAUCAAAACUGGUCUUAAAAAAAUUGCUAAAUAAGAUCCGGAGCCAAAAAGACCAGUGGACUUCAAAAUGUGAAGCAGAGGUUCAAAGUGAAAUUGAGACAAUUGAAUCAGGAACACUUGCUAGUGAAGAGAGACGAUUAUGUGAUUCAGAACCUGGUCAUGAACAACAUGCUGAUUCAGUUUCUCAAGACAUGGAAUCUCCAGAAAUGAAGCAUACUGUUAUAGCUGGAAAUUCAGUCCUAAUCCAUCCUCAGGAACAAGCAACCAAAUCAAGAAUGGAAGUAGAGAGACAAAAACAGCUACAGCAAAUAGAGCAACAAAAACAGCAGCAGCUAAUUUUGCUGAAACAAAUUGAAGAAAAGAGAAUACAGUUGGAGGCAGAGUUUCUGAAGGUCCAAAUGCAGGCUCACCAGGAGGAAAUAAAGAAAAAAGAACAAGAGGCGAUAGCUCAAGACUCACAGCUGAGUCCUGAUCUGCUUGUGAAUCAACAUAGGCAAAUGGAACACAAGACUGAAACUACUGUGGUGCCUGAAACUAGCAGUUUUAAAGAGGAAAAUCAUAUACAGAUGAUUCAUAACUAUCAACGAUGUCUUCUACAGCAAAACAGAUUGCACAAACAGUCAGUUGAAGAAGCCAGAAAACAGUUGCAGGAAUAUCAGAAUAAGUUGAAGCAAAGAUAUCCGUCUAUUUCUAUGCCAUUAAGCUCUGCAGUUACAUUGCAGUCAAGAUUUGUUAACUUAAAACCUACUACCCAUGAAUCAGUUUUACAAAUGCAUGGCCCUGCAGUACUUCAUAAAGAUCAUCCAUCAGCUAGUCAGUCAUCUGUACAAGUUCAAGUACAAGAAUAUGCUAAGCCAUUAACCACACAUCCAAGAACACAUUUUGUGUUAGAAAAACCAUUUGAACAGAGAGAUGAUGAGCAAAGGCAUAUUAUGGGCUCUCCUGGACAGUUACGACCUAUAGAUGUGUCUCAGUUGGAUCAAAGGCAAUUUCAGUUGCCCCAACAGAGUUACCCUUCACAAGAACAGAUGGAAAUGCUGGGUACUUCUAAUAAUCAGAUGAGAGAACUUCCAGGGUCAGUCAUGAUGACCUCACAAGAUACUUCAGGUAUGAUGAAAACAGAGGCACAGAUAAAACAGGUCACAUCAGCUUUGCCCACAGAAGAGCCAUCUGAGCCUUCAGGAACCCUGUACCUUGAAAAAAAGUCAGUAAUGUCUCAAGAAAUGCUAAACUCACCAAGAGAGAGGGAAACACAAAAACAGUCUCAUCUUACCACACUUGAUAUGCUAGCAGCAGAGGGGCCUCCAAUAGCUCAGACUGCCUCAUUUGAUUCUUCAGAAUACCAGCAGGUACCUGCAAAGAGCAGCAUAAAGACAACCUUUGAACAGUCUAUCCCCCAAUUUUUUCAACACCUUACUUCAUUAUCUCCUGAUGAAUCUGAGACUGGGGCAAGCCAAGAGUCUUUUGCGCCCAAAAGUGGAGGUGCAUCUUUGUUAAAUUAUUCCAAUAUAUUAAUGUUGAGAGCAAAAGUACUGGCUUCUUCAGAGAGCAUCCAAGCUCAGCAAGAUCAUUUGAAAGAACUGCAAGAACAACUGGAUGUACAAAGAGAUGCUCUUCUUUCUAGGCAGAGACUGCAGGAAGAAUUGCUUUUACAUAAGCAGGCUAAAUUAAAGGAACAGAUGCAGAAACAACAGGAAGCUUUGCAGGAUUUUCUUAGUAAGCGGACAGAAGAAUCUGUCACAUACAGAAAGAUGACAGAAACACAUAAUUCUGACCAUUUCAGUCUGACGACUUACCCUUUCAAAGAUGCAGAAAGUAAAUCUCAAGAAGUUAAUUGUUGUGAUAUGAACAACUAUGUCAAAAAUAGAUUGCUUUCGCAAAGCAUCAAUCAAGCUGAGCAAAUUGAAGAGUCUCAAAGAAUUCUGAGAAGAGAACAGCGAUGGCAAACUUCAAAACCACCUCCAGCUAAAAUCAAGUUAGGGCUAGAUUUGGAACAACAUGAACUAAGUGUAAUACCAGAGCUAGAUACACCAACGAGUGGCAAAAUUUCUUUUACAGAUAAAACAGAUUCAGUUGGUGAAGAAGCUUCUCUCAUUUCAUCUGCGGAAGAGCUAGUGUCUGGCUUGUGCAACAAUGAAUCUGUUCAUGAAGAAAGAGACUUACCCAUCACAAAUUGCAAAGAACAAGGUUCUAAUGAUAACCCAAAAUACAAUACUGGGCUAAUUAAUUCAUGGCAUGAAGGACUGAUGGUGGAUGCAGGUAGUUCACAUGGCCCAGCCUUCCCCAAGGAGUCUGUUGUCAUGAGUCAAGAUUUACCAGUUUGUGCUGCUGAUGGUGGAAGGGGAGUAAUUACAGAUUCUGGGCCAUCAUGUAUACCUGAUAGUACGGUAACACUUUCUAAAGGAUGGUCAACCAGCUUUGCUCUGCAGGAACGAGAGGCAGUCGUUGGUUAUUUGUCUUCAACAACAAUUUCUAGUGGCAGUUUUUUACCCAGUGAAAAGUUAGAUUUAAGCCCUGCUAAUACUGGAUUGUCUUCCAAUAGUGCAGAGGAUAGGAUAUUGAGAGAAACAGCAAGCAGCCCUUGGGACUCUUCAGCUUCAACACCUACCACUGCUCAGCAGAGGCAUGAGAAUUCUUCUGAAGUUUCUGAAUGUCAUCUGUCUGCAGAAGAGAAUUUUAUCUCUAACAGAAGUCAAAUUCAGCAGAUCAUAGACAAAUACACAAAAGAUUGGAACUGGUUACCUGAAAAGAGUACAUCUUUCCAUGCUCCCGCAGUUGGACUCAGUUUUUCUGAUAUGGAAAGACAUUUCCCUAACUUUCAACGUCAGCUUUUUCAGCCUUUGGAACCAAGUCCUGACUAUGGUACCACCUCAUCCCUUUUUCAGCAUAGGAUUUCUCAAGACAGCAGAGACUUCAGCAAGAGUUUAGCCAUCUCAACUCAAAGUCAAGACACGCCUGAAUUUCCUCAAGCCACAACCUCUAGCUUGAAAACAAGUUACAAUCUGCAUUCUUGUCUCAAUAGAAACAAGCUAAACAAUACUACAUCACAAGCAGAGGAAUCAAUUAAGGAACAUGUUACUCUAGCAGGUUCUGAAGAAUCUUUUCACCCUCUUCACUUGGAAUCUACCCUGAAUGAGCACAGCCAGAGUACUGAACAACCCACAGGUCUUUGCAUUGUAUCUGAACAAAAUUCUAAAAUUAAAAAAUCACAGAAUGGGGCCUACAUUUCACUUGUUGGAGACCAGUAUGAGGAGCUAAUGAGAAAUAUAGAGAACACUAAUCUUCAGUCUUCAGUAGAAAAUCUGCAGAGUCCAACUUCAAGUUCACUGGCAGAACAGGAUUCAUUUCACCAACUAAUUACAACACAGGCUACAGAAAAUGAGAUUCUCUUGACUGAACGUUCAGUAAAAGAAGUUGUGGAACUGAGAGAAAAGAACUUGUGCUUUGAAGAAUUACCUGUUGUGGCAUCCACUAAGCACACUCAGCUUACUGAAACCCCAGUUCUUAGAAAUGAAGCAAAUAGGAUUGUAGAAGGGGACCAUUCGCAAUGCAGUAUAAAUAUAUUGAAUGAAGAGCAAAGCAUUCUAGAAGUACAGAUAUCCUCUAGAAUGCCUACAGAAAUGGAGUCAAAAAUUUUGGGCAGCCCUUCGCAAGUAGCUGUACUGCAAAAUUGUUUGCCAGAAACACCCCAAAAUCAAAAUUCUCAUUCAGUGAUUACAAUAAGUUCAGGCUCUCAUACUUCACAAAGUCGUGUGCCAGUCUGGGAGACAGAGUCAGGGCAAGGUAUUAUGGAAGAACCUGAACUGACGCUGUUAAGCUCAAAUGACGUCAGUAUUGCAGAAUCAGACUGUGAACACAUUAGCCAAGAGAAAAAAAGAAAAAAAAAGUUGGAUAGUCUGGCAUAUUCUGGUCAGACUGAACUUAAAAGUUGUUCUGAGGGGAGAGAAUUUUUGCCUUUAAACCCAGAAGCAGAUUACUCGGUUUCCAUGCUUUCUGACUGCUCUGCAAUAGCUCAGACUCCUAAUGAGGAUCAGUCUGUUACACCAAUCUGCAGUCAUGUUGUUAGAGUUCACAUCCACACCGUGUACUUUACAAGAAUCGUUUUUAAAGAGAAAAAAAAACUUUAUCCAGAAGUCCUCUAAAAGAGUGGAAGAAAUAAAAAAUAAAGAGAGACACUCUGAAAAACCUCAAGAUAUGUUGUUUCAAAGGGAAAAGGCUAAAAGAUUUCAUAUGCUGAAGGAGCAUUCUCCUACUUCUGACUUUAUAAUCAACUAGCUGAAGUGAAAAGCAGAAAGGAAGAGAAAUCAAGACAAGAAACCUAUGCUAAAAACAGGGAAAAGGCCAAAGAGUUUCAAAAGAAAACAUUGGAAAAACUACGAGCCAAAAAGACUCCUUGAACACCAGAUCCUUUAAGAGACUUCUGGGAAUAAAAGAAGUGCUUGACUCCUUUCUCAGGUCAAUCCAAGAAACGUAUCAGAAGGCCAGAGUCACAUUAAGCAAUACCAUUAUGUAACUAAUGUACUGAGUUUUUAUAUAGAUGAAAAAUUGAUAAUUUAAAUAAUGUAGCAACCUAGAGUAUAUUCCCAAAUUUUGAGUGAUAACCACUACCCAAGCUUUCCUAAUUGCAGAUUUAGUCUGCCAGUUUAAACUCCAUUUCUACUUGUAUUAUGACUCAGAUUAACCAGCUCUAGAUUAUUGUACAAAAGCUUUUUUAAUUGAGGAAGGUCUGCACUUAAAAGUGAAGAGUAAGGUGAAUCUUUUUAAUAAAGUUUUGUAAUGAAACCUGGGA